AUGAGAAAUCUUUUGGUGUUUGGAAUAUUGGAUCAUGUGUUAUAUAUGAGUUUUGUAGGUAGUUCUGAUUAUUCAAUUGCUUUGAUAUGUUUAUCAGCUGGAAUAUUGUCAACUAGAUUGUUAAAAGAAAAUAAUUUGAUAUUUUCAAUCAUCAAUGUGAGCACAAUAAUAAUAAUGGUUUUGAAUGCUAUGUUAUUGUAAUCACCAAUAAUGUAUGUGGCUGUAGGUUGUUCAAUCAUUAUGGCAAUGAAAUCAUGGUGGACAUGUUUUAUCAGCGCAAUUGGUAUCAUAGUGAUAAGUUUAAAAAUUGAUAUUAUCACAAUUUGUGAAAUAUUGGCAUUCCUAUCAACAAGUGCAGCAUAUUUAUUAUACAAUCAUUAUAAAAAUAAAUCUAAAAUCAAAGAAACAUCAAAAUCUGAAAUUGUCAGCAUGAUAACAAAAAGGGAUUCAAUAUAAUAUAAAUAGAAUGUUUUAGAAAUUGGUUAAUAAUCACCGAACAAAGAAUUUGAACAAACAGAAUACAAUUUAUUUAAAAAAUUAUUAACAGCAUUUCCUGAUGGAGUUUUAAUAUUAGAUGAAUAAUAUAAUAUUUAAUUUAGUAAUUCAGCAUUUAGAAGUUUAAUGAAUGAAACCUUUGUUGAUGUUGCAAAAUAGAAAUUGUUAACUCUAAGAAAUGCAAUUAAUUCAGAAUAAGAUAAUUAUUAAUAAUUGUUUUUGAUUUUAUAUAAAAAGUUGAAAUCUAGAUCAAAAAGCUUAGGUAAUGAAAAAUCAGAUUACAUAUAAUUAAAGAGCUCUGUUGAUUAGGAAGAAGAAGAUUAAAAUAAUUAAGACAAUGAAUAACAUUAUAAUAAUUUGUCAUAAUCUCCAAUAAUCAUUGAUGAAGUUAAGUAAAUUUUUAAAUAAAUGUUGGAAAGAGAGCCUAAAUAAGAUUUAAAUUCAUUUACAUUAAAGUUCUUUUAAGAUAUCAGCAUUAUAUGUUAAGGAGAGAUGUAAAAGAUAUUUUAAGUGAUCUUGAAACCUUACAUUGCAUAUAGUAAAGGAUUCAUUUUAUUUAUAAUAAGAGACAUAACUCAUGUUAAUUAAAUAGCUGCUCUAGAAAAAACAAAUUUUAAUAAAUCUCAAAUGUUAUAUAAAAUAGCACAUGAAUUCAAAACACCUUUAAACAUUAUUAUACAAAGUGUUGGUAAUGUGUUAAACCCUAAUCAUAACGCAAACGAAUAAUGUAUAAAGUAGUUAGAAAAAUCAAUGUAACCAAUAAAAUCAAUGGCUUCAUCAUUAUUAAGUUUAGUGAAUGAUCUAUUGGAUGUAGCAUAGUUGAAAGCUGGAAAAUUUAAUUUGUAAUUUUAAUAAGUAAAGAUAACUGAAUUAAUAAAUGAAAUAAUUGAGAUAAUGAAAAUAUAAGCUAAUUCUAAAGGACUUUAUAUGAAAUUAGAAUAGUAGAAACAUGUUCCUUAAUAAAUAACAACAGAUCCAAAUAGAGUUAAAUAAAUUAUUUUAAAUUUAUUAUCAAAUGCCAUAAAAUUUACAGAAAUAGGAGGGAUUACUAUUAAUUUAGAUUCAGAUGAAGAUUGUGUUGAAAUUAAAGUGAAGGAUACUGGAAUAGGGAUACCGAAAAAUGAAUAAAAUAAAUUAUUUACUGCUUUUGGUAGGUUGGAAAAUAGUGAUAAUAUAACAGGAGUUGGUUUGGGAUUGAUGAUAUCAAAUAUAUUGGCUUAGAAAUUAGGAUAAGAGAUUAAAGUAUAUUCAGAUGGGGAGAAUCAGGGAUCGACAUUUUCUUUUAAGAUUCUUAAUAAAAGGGAAAUAGAUGAUAGUGUUUGUAUAUUAUAUGAUGAUGAUAAUGAAGGGAUUGUGAAUUAGUUAAGAAAUAUACCUUAGAUGUGCAAAUAUAAUGAAAUGGUUUAAUCCCCUAGUAAUAUUAGUAUGUGUUAAUGUGUACAAAUAUUAAUUGUGGAUGAUAUGCCUUUUAAUAUUUCAAUUAUUGAGAACUAGCUAAAACAAUAUGAUAUAAUAAUAGACAAAGUAUUCAUUAUGAAUUUAAAGUAUUUUUUAAGGCAUACUCUGUGAAGGAGGCAAUCGCUAAAAUUGAUGCAUAUAAUGGAUGCAAUCUACAUUCAACAUAUUAGUAUAUAUUGAUGGAUAUUGAAAUGCCAAUCAUUAAUGGUUAUUAAGCUGUAUCUAUGAUUAGAGAGAGAGUGGAUACACGCAUCAUAGCAUGUUCAGCUCAUUCUAAAAAUGAAAUAUCUUAAUUAUCAUUAUUUGAUGGGUAUCUAUAAAAGCCUAUAAAUGUUAAUUAAAUAUUUCAACUACUAAAACAUAAUUGA